GGAAUGGCAGCCGGCAGCUUGCGGCGUUGGCGCUCAGCGGAGUGGAAUUAGGCGGCUUUAAUGACCGAGUUGGCUCCUGAAAACCUGAGCAUGCGGUGUCGCCUGAACUCCUGACAGACGCGCUUUUUAAAGAGACUUUUAUCAUGGCGUUGUUAUAUGAGUUGGUGUGGCGACUCUUGCACUGCCUUCUCCAGCUCCAGCGAGCGGCCGCCGCUUGGUUUCGAGGCCGCGUGUGGAGGCGAGGCGGGCGGCUGUGGAGGAGAGCCGGAGCCGCGCUGCUACUUCCCGAAACUCUGGGCUUCAGCAGCCAGAAGAAGACAGCAAAACCCCGCCGGUAUCGCUGGGUAGCUGACGGCAAGGCUUUGGAAAAAUUGCCCCUUCAUUUGGGCUUGCUGGUGGUGGAAGAGGAGCAGCAGUACACGGAUAUAGCCAACCUGGUGGUGUGGUGCAUGGCAGUGGGGAUUUCUUAUGUCAGUGUUUAUGAUCACGAAGGUGUCUUCAGAAGGAAUAACUCUAGAUUGAUGGAGGAGAUUUUAAAGCAGCAGCAGGAGCUCUUGGGCUCUGAGAGCUGCAAGUACUCACUGGAGUUCCUAAACAAUGGCACAGAUCAGCAUGCGUUGACGUGUCCAACAGUGGUGAAGGUGUUGUCUCCAGACGAUGGAAAGCUCAGUAUUGUUCGGGCAGCACAGCAGCUGUGUAAAGCUGUGGAGCAGAAACAGAGGACAUCCAAAGACAUCAAUGUCACUGUGCUGGACUCUUUACUCCGAGAGUCGAACAUCCCAGACCCAGACCUGGUGCUGAAGUUUGGUCCAGUGGAUAGUACACUGGGUUUUUUGCCUUGGCACAUCAGACUAACAGAGUUCAUCUCUUUGCCUUCCCACAAAGAUGUCUCAUAUGAGGACUUACUUAGUGCCCUGCGGUGCUAUGCAACCUGUGAGCAGAGACUGGGGAAGUGAAGGAACCUCCACAGCAGAGAGCACAACCAAAAGAACAGAACCGAAGGAACACCGGACAUAAGGAGAGAGAAAAGGACCAGUGCGUGAUCCUUUUCUCUUUAUGUUUACAGCACAAGCAGCAGAGCAGCAGCUUCCAGGCAGUACAUCUUCCCACACAACACAAACACACACGUGUGAUGGAGCAGGAAACUGCAGACCUGCGACAUCUGCUGGUUGCGUUCAGAAUGUUUUGAAACACCAAUCAUUUUAAUAUAAGGAAAUUUCUGAUUAAAAAUUGCUUAAGGCUGCCGCAGCAUUUUGCAAACAUACAAACACAGUAGCUGAACAUUUGGCUUUAUGUGUGAAGAGUAAAAUACGGUUGAGCUACAAAACCAGUGGCUCAGUGAGUGCUGCUCUGAGGGGUGUAUCUAAUGGACAUCCCUUUGUGGUCCAUUUUGGGAAAUGCUUGUGAGCUGUAUUUUAUGUCAUGAUCAUUUAAUUGUUUGGAACCCUGACAAAGUGUCUCACAACCUAUAAGCUCUGUUGGUCAUGUAAUGUGGGGCACAUUCAGUUCCUUGUUUUGAAUGCAAACAGCAGGGGUCAACCUGACCACUUUCCCUUCUCAUAGUUGUGAGUGUAGGAGAGAAAGCUCUGAUUAGUGAGCAGGAGUUGGCAAUAGAAGGGUUAGCAAGAGUUAAUGAGCAAGUGUUAGGGAUGUGACUAUAUGGGAAUUGUCAGCCAGUGCUGAUGUGCCGACCCUUUUUAAAAUGUAAAACUUGGGACUGGAUCUACCUGGAAUACCAUUAUAAAUAAAUAAAAAAAAUUUUCUGUAGACUACAAAUGUUGUUAAUAAUAAUACCUAAUUGCGGAUGUUUUAUCAUAGUAGCCCAGUAUGGCCUAAACAUGUUCUCACAGAGUACAAUAUCAAAUCGGUUUGAAAUAUCAAAUAAAUCCAAACAUCUGCAAAUAUUUUUUUUUUUUUUUUUAAACAAUUAUCUGCCAAUACUGAUAAUUAUCAUGCAUCCCUGCCUAGCAUGUGCAAAGUAGCGUGCGCAAGUGUGGUUUAGUGUGUGCGGGUUUGUGUGUACGUGAAUCAACGUCCAUUAGUUAACAUACGUGAGCACCUUCUCUGCUGCUGGAUGCAUCAUAUACCCUGCCAAGGUUACUGAGCAUAGCGCUACAUUCACUGACCUUAUGGAGCUCCGGCAUUGCGCCAUACAGUCCAGCCUCGGAGCAGCUCCUGUAGCCCCUGGGCUGUGGUCAGUGCGUUUAGUGAUAUGGUGUAAAUUUGCUGUCCUCUGCUGUAGGCCUGAAGCAGUCAGGCUGCUGGAGCACUGCAGUCUGGGACACACUGACUAAUUCAGCCAUGUGCACUGAACGUUACGAUGGACAUGCAGCUACCCAGCUCAUCUGGAACUUCUCUCCAGUGUCUCGAGGACUCAUUAAGGACCUUCUUAAUGAAUCUGCUUCAUUUCCAGUAAUCGUGCUUCAAGUCCAUCAGCCUCUUUUCAAAGGUACGAGUGUGUGGAUGAAUGCUCUGCAUGUGAACUGUUUCAGAGUGAGGUUUAAUGAGCUGUAAAUGGCUGCGCGUCAUUUGUGUUCAAUCUACUAAUGAUUGUACAAAUAAACUUGACAGUGAUCUACAGUCAGA